UGUGCCGGAGCCUCCCGGUGAACAACACCUUGCGAAGGGAACGCUCCUCCUCAUCCGCACGGGAACGUCGGCGGGCAGAGGGCAGCUCCCAGCCCCGAGCACCCCGGACCCCUCCGCAGAACUCACAGGCUCAUCUGUGUUUGACUUUGAGCUGAGGAGAAGCUGCAUCUGCCACAGGGGCUCCCAUGGCUCAGCUGCCCAAUGACUCCUGGCACAAUGGCUCGGCCGCACUCUUCACCGGCCUGGACCUGCUCCUGGAGCUGAAGCCACUCUUCAUCCCGCUCUAUGCCACGCUGGUGGUGGUGGCGUGCAUCGGGAACCUCUUCCUCAUCCUCCUCAUUGCCCUCACCAAGAAGCUGCACUGCACCACCAACUUCCUGAUCGGGAAUCUGGCGGUGGCCGACUUCAUCAUGUGCCUGGCCUGCGUCCCCCUCACUGUGUCCUACGCCUUCGAGGAACGGGGCUGGCUCUUUGGCACGUUCAUGUGCCACUUUGUCACCCUGCUGCAGGCUGCCACUGUCUUCGUGUCGGUGCUGUCCCUCACGGCCAUCGCCAUCGACCGCUACGUGGUGGUGGCGUACCCGAUCCGCAGGCGGAUCAGCCGCAGGGCCUGCAUUGGCCUUGUGGCCUGCAUUUGGUUGCUCUCCAUCGUGGCCUCCGUGCCCACCUCGCUGCACACCCACUACUUGGACCUCAACGCCAUCGGCCAUGACAUGAUCAUCUGCGAGGAGUUCUGGAAGCACGAGGAGCGGGAGCGGCUGCUGUACUCAUGCCUGAUGCUGCUGCUGUCCUACAUGCUCCCGCUGCUGGCCGUGUCCGUCUCCUUCUGUGCCAUCACCUACCACCUGCGCAGGAGGAAUGUGCCGGGCACUGCCCAUUGCUGCCAGGACAAGUGGACCAGGACCAAGCACAAGACCUUCCGGGUGCUCACCGUUUCCGUGGUCUGCUUUGCCGUCUGCUGGCUGCCUCUGCAGGUGGUCAAUUUCAUCCGGGACAUUGACGAGGAGUUCACCAUCCUGGACAAGAGGUACGUCAAUGUCAUCCAGGUCUCGUGCCACCUGAUCGCCAUGAGCUCUGCCUGCUACAACCCCUUCAUCUACGCCUCCCUCCACGACAAGUUCUGGUUCCACCUCAGCAGCUACUUCUACCGCAAGAAGCAGAGCUCCAGGACCAUGUCCUGCAAGGCUUCCCGCUUCAACACCUGCUCCACCCUGGCAGAUGCUCCCGCCCGGGCCUCGGACAAGAUAGCUUUGCAAUCCAGGUUACCUUAGCCGAAGGACCUUGAGGGAUGGGGUUUGCAUAGCCUUAUAUCCCAAACCAUGGCUGGGACAUGUCCCCAUAUCCCGAAUCAUGGCUGAGUGUAGUAGGUGUCCAGUGCUACAUCUGGAGCACAAAGACUUCACCCCACGGUUUAUGCAGGAGGUGGGUCAGUGUCUGAGCAAGGCAAACACCUCUUGUGUAAAAAACUCUUUGGAGAGUGCAUGUCUUCAUUUUGUAGGAUAUAGAUUGUUCCUAAGCAACAAGGAGCACUUUGUGCCAUGGGAAGAGGUCGACUUGCACGGGGAGCCGUGAAAUUGCUGCGCAUUUAUCCUUUUAAAUUGUGGCUUACUGGUGAAGGGACAAUGAGAUGUGCAUUCUGCAGGUGCAGAUGGGGACAUGUGGCUGCUGACAGCCGGUGGCUGGUUUGGAAUGGGAGUGACUUUCAUAACCUGCUGGGCCUGCUGGAGGAGCUGCCCCCGUAACCAGACAGGGCAUCCCAGUUUCUCCAGCCAAAUGUGCAGAUGCAGCUGGGCACAUCCAUGAAGUCAUCGCUGCUCUUCAUGGUCAAGCAGGGCUUGAAAGAUCUCAGGUGAUGAGUUUGCUGGGAAUGGUGUCUCAAACUCUGUUCCCAGGGAAGAUUAGGUUGAUGUAUGUCCAUGUUCAGGGUCCUGCAGUAGAGGUGGGAACCCCAGUGCCAGGCUGGUCUAUCCCAGAAGCUGCUGGAUGGUUGGUUUGCUUGUCAGUGCUCCUCAGUGUCUGAGGUGCCUCUGUUGGCUCUCACGCUGCUCUGUGCAAGCAGCACACGCAGAAGGCAGCAUCUCCUUACACCCAAUUCCCAUCCAGGUUUUAACCUCUUGAUUUCCCAGGAGAAACUCUUGGGAACUAGCACCCCCACAGGCACCACGGCUCAGGGCCAUGGCAGCUCCUGGCUGCCCAUGGCCAUGCCUUUGGCUCACCAUGUGCUGCCGUGCUCUGUGGGGCCAAGCUGUGACCUCCUGCUGCUCCUUGUGCCUGGGGACAGGACCUCAAAUCCCCCAGGCAACAGGUCCUCAGCCCUGCGUGGAACUUGCCCAUGGCACUGGCCAGCAUUCCCACUUCUGCCAGCAGCUUGGGAGCAUCCAGUGCAGACACAGCUGGCUGGACCCCAAGAGGAUCCCUAACCCGCUCCCCUUGCGCCCAUCCACAAGCUCGCUCACCUUCCUGCUGAGGCCCUCAUGGUAGCCCCAGAAGGACUCGUGAUCUCCUGUGGGGUGACCAGCAGAGACAGGGACCCAUCCAACGCAGUGCCGGUGGCCUCUGUUGUGUUCCCACAGAGCAGCUCCCUCCUUGGCUUCCUGCAGCUUCCCUGGGCCUGGGCUGCUCAUCCUGGAGGAGCCAAGCAAGGCAGAAAGUCCCUGUUUGUCCCUUCUGUAAUAAAG